AUGUCAGGAAAGAAAGAAGCUAAGGCCCCAAAGAUUGUUGAAAAUCUUGCCGACAAGAUCGGAAACAGACCAGGAGAAGAGGUCUUUGCUGUUGCUCACAUCUUCGCCUCAUUCAAUGAUACUUUCGUACAUAUCACUGAUAUUUCCUCAAAGGAAACCAUCGUCCGUGUUACUGGUGGUAUGAAGGUCAAGACUGAUCGUGAUGAGUCAUCCCCAUACGCUGCCACCAUGGCUGCCCAAGACGUCGCUGCUCGUUGCAAGGAAAUCGGUAUCACCGCCCUCCACAUUAAGUUGAGAGCCACCGGUGGUCAAGGUUCAAAGACCCCAGGUCCAGGUGCCCAAUCAGCUUUGAGAGCUUUGGCCCGUUCUGGUAUGAAGAUCGGUCGUAUUGAAGAUGUCACACCAGUUCCAACUGACUCCACACGUAGAAAGGGUGGUCACAGAGGUAGAAGACUUUAA